ACCCCUCUACUUACCCCUCAACAUUUCCCCCCGUUUCUUAACCCCAUUUACCAAACGACGAAGCUGGGUUUUUGAAGAAGAACAUCACGAAAACAAAAUCAGAUUUGUACACCAAAUGACAACGUCGAAAUCAAAUUCAAGCUGGAGUGGCACAUCAAGAAGGAAAAAUCGGGAGAUAAUACGAUGUAGCUGUGGUGAUAUUUGCCCUAUUUAUGUUUCACGCACUCCAGAAAACCCAGGACGAAAGUUUCGUGGCUGCCCUAAUUACCAGGAUGAAGAUGGUGGUUGUGGUCAUUUCAAAUGGGUUGAUGAAGAAGAAGACGAAUUUAGGGCUUUUAAGAAGCAAUUGAACCUUCAACAUAAAGAUAUCGAAUCUGUGAUGUUGCUCAAACUGAUUGUAGGGCUGCUAGUGAGUAUUUUGGUAUGUCUUGUUGUAGUGGUUAUUAAGAUGUAAGUUAGAUGAAAUGAUAACAAGUUUGUAGUGUAGUUUAUUACAUUGGUAGAUGUACUAAAUCUGUAAAAGUUUGAAUGGUGCAAUAGUAUUAAUGUUUG